GAACGUAAACAAACGGAGAGACAAACAGAGACAGAGACACAGAGAGAGAGAGACAGAGAGAGAGACAGACAGACUGAGACUGUAAAACAGACUGAGACUGUAAAACAGACUGAGACAUUACUGAGCCGCUGAUCUGCACAGAUUUUAAUUUAAAGUUUGAAGUACAAGGAGAAGAAAAACGCGUCAAAAUGAUCAGCAAAAUCUUCGCCCAGCUCCUCGGCAGCGCUGAGGAGGAAGCUGCUGUUGCCGUGGAGAACGAGGCCUGUGAGGACGUGUUGGAGUUUGAAGAUGGAGAAUGGGUCAUCAUUAACAUACAGGAGAACCGAUCUUUGGGCCUCGCUGAGGAGGAUCCUCUGGAGAACCUGCUGAUAGAACACCCGAGCAUGUCAGUGUACCAGAUGCGGCGUCGCAGGAUUGAGGAGGAGGAGGAGGCCUCAGAUGAAGAAGAAGGUUCUCCUAGGCCUGUGCCGGUCAGGCGUCACGUUUCGUGGUGUUUGGCAGCGUGGGGCGUCCCACUGCCCGUCCUGCUCUCAGUCCAGCGGGCCAGAGCCCAUGCUGACCGCAGGAAACUGACCCGCAGCGCCCUCCACAGGCAGAACCUGGCCAACACACGCUUCUCUCCAACUGACCGCCGAUACGGACACUUCAAACAGCCCACUCAGCGCCUCUACAACUAUUGACCCCACUGACCUCGGAGCAGACGCACGCGUGAAUCAAAUCCUCUGAUCUCUUCGGGUUUGGCGAAACUACGGCUGCACAAUACAUCGCUUAUUAAUCGAUACUGCAAUAAAUCGCUUAAUGAACUUAACCCAUUCAUGUCCAACAACUACAUGCCACUGAACUUUUAUUCUGUCUUUCCAGUGUUUUACUGAGCUUCCUGUUUAAAAGCACUUUGAGUUUUUUUGAUUAAAAUGAAAAGUGCUAAAUAAAAAUAUUAUUUUUAUUAAUUACUACUAUUAGCAUUAUUACUCAUUUGUUCAGAUUGGUCUAAAAUGAUGAACUUUUGUAUAUUUACACUUUGGAUAAGCAUCUAAAAUUACUCCUAUGAUUUUGAUUCUGAUUUUAUGUCAUUUUUAUAAAUCAAAAUUGUUAAAAAUCAGUCCGGUGUGACCAAAAUACCAUCUUUAAUGAUAAUUAAGUGAUAAAAACUCACUUUUAGCCAUAUGGACUGCUUGAUUGGAAAGAUUUCUUCAGAUUUUGUGUUCAGAGUUCAGAGAAAAAGGGAGAAAAAUUCAGAUAUGGACUUUAAUGGGUUAAUUCAGCUAUGCAACACGUUCACAUUCAAUACAACAGUGUCAGCAUAAACAGACUCACAUAAAAUGCAUUUGCAAUAAAUGUCAGUAUAUUUCCAGUUAGUUCAAGUGCAAUAUGCAAAUCAGGCCACACUAUGCAAAUUAGCCCUCUAAGCAAUCGCACCAUUUUUAAUGUCUGUUGUUAAUCACAGAGUGUAUUUAUGACUUUAAAUCCACCGUGAUCCAUCAAAUGUAGUCAUUUUUGUCACAAUAACACAAUAAUCAUACACCAUUAAUGAUUCAUUAAUGAGUUUUUUAUUAUGUUGUAAGAAAUAUAAUCACAAUAUGUUUUAUUUUUGUCUAUAUUGUGCAGCCCUAGUCUACACCACUGCUGACCUCUCUGUUAAAGACACCGUUAGAUAUUUAAAAACUGACCAGACUGCAGAUUGAUGCAGUUUUUUGUGGGAAAUAUAAGCUAAUCCCACAUUUCUUGUGAAAAAAAUAAAAAAAACAGAUGCAGUUAUAGCACCUACAUUAAGUACAGUAGUAUAGAGUGUGUGUGUGUUUCUUUUUUUAGCUUAGCCGUAGCUAACGUGCCUAAAUAACACUGAUAGUAGAGUAGAACAUGUUUACCUUUACAGAACUGAUGCAAGUUACUUUUAGUGAAAAUAUAAAUGUUUUACGAACUGAGUGAGAAACUCGAGCUCUGAUUUUUGCGUGCAGUUUUGAUAUCAUAUACGUUGUUAUGACCUGUGAUUUUAGUGCCAAAGUAAAUGUGCCGUUGUUUUAAAUACGUGUUUACUCUUUAACAUGCACAUCUGCUGUAGUGUUUCGCUUUGUGUUUUAUUUGUGAACAGACUUUGUAAAUAGUCCAACAUUUUUUGUAUCCAAGAACAUAUUUGAUAAAACCUUUUUAAAAAAAGCUGAAUAAACAUGUUUUGUAACUAUUU